GUGGAAAAAUCUAACAUGGUUAACCUGUUAAAAUGCGAAAAACACAGCCCAAUAAACAGUUCCCACGUGGAAAAAUUUCAGCGAAAAUAUCUGGAUUCUGGACGCCGCACCAUCUACAUAAACCCCCGAGGGUUUUACUCGGAGAAAGAAACCAGAAAACAAACACGAGAGUCCCUUUGUCUCAGUCCCAUAAACAAAAGGGUUGUAUCAAUGGCUUUCCUAAGUAAAGUUGGGAAUAUACUAAGGCAGACCACUAGCAUGCAGAUAGAUGCUCAGUUGUCUGCAUCAAGACCAGGCCUCUUUCAAGUGUUUAGAUGCAUGUCAACCUCGCCAAGCUCGAAACUUUUUGUGGGAGGUAUUUCAUACCAAACGGAUGAUCAAAGUCUGAAAGAAGCUUUUAGCAAAUAUGGUGAAGUUAUUGAAGCAAGAGUAAUUUUGGAUAGAGAAACAGGAAGGUCCAGAGGAUUUGGCUUUGUCACUUACACCAGUACUGAGGAUGCUUCCAGUGCAAUACAGGCCUUGGACGGACAGCCUCUUCUUGGCCGUCAAGUAAGAGUAAACUAUGCAGCUGAGAGACCUCCUCGUAACUUUGGAGGUGGUGGCGCUGGCUAUGGUGCCCCUGGUGGAGGUUUUAAUAGCAGUUAUGGUGGUGGCAGCUAUGGCAGUAGUGGCUAUGGUGGUGGUAAUUAUGGAGGUGGUGGCUAUGAUAGAAAUGCUGAUUCCUUUUCUGGAAAUUAUGGAGGUAAUGUUGGAUAUGGUAAUAGUGGUGGCAGUGGUAACUAUGGAGGCCAAGGAAAUUAUGGUGGUGAUAACUAUGGCACUGGUGGUGUUGGCUAUGGAAGUAAGUUUGGUCAAUCUGGUGCUAACAAUUACGAUAGUGGAAGUUUCAAUGUUGCUGGUGAUGGUGGCGGCACUGAUAGUUUUUCUACUGGUGGUUCAGGCGGAUAUGAAGGUGACAAUGUGGGAUUUGGUAGUGGUGAUCAACUUGGUAGUGCUGAAGAUGGCUCCAAGGACGAAGCAGGAGCUUUUGACCAAAAUGAUCCACUGAACGAGGAGGAUGAUACUGGUGAUUUCGCCAAAAGGGCAUGAAAUAAGUCUUUAAGUUGGUUGAUAAAACUUGUUUGUACUCUGCUUUAAUAGUAGAUUAUUUUGGUUUUAGUUUUUAGUUCUCAUAACUCCUUUGUCUGAACUAUUUUAUAAUUUUUAUUUCUCAUUUAUGUGACUGUAUCUGUAUACAUUGAUACCUUUUGAGUGUUUCUCAUAGAGAAAACUGAA